UUUUUUUCUGCCGGUUCUAUAAAACCAACCACGAGUUGGCGUCGUAUGGGAGAAUCCAUCUUGAAGAGAGCUCUCCGAUUGUGUGAUCAGGAAGCGGCUUUUCGGGCUUCUUUUGCACCCAUUACGCUCAUUUUGUGUAUUAUAUUAUUGCGUAAAAAGGGGUCAUAUUAGCGUAAAAACAUGUCUGACACCGAGCAGCAGUUUAUGGAAACUUCAGAAAACGGCCACGAAGGCGACGAGGAUUUUAACGGAGCCGGGCACGGCGACGAAGGGAACGAGUGCGAAGCCGUGAAUGAAUGCGGGGAGGACGCAGGGCCCGAAGCCUGUGCGGAAGAAGCGGCGGAGGAGGAUUCGCAAAACGGCGCCUCGGAGGGCGGACAGAUAAACGCCAGCAAAGGCGAGGAGGAUGCCGGGAAAAUGUUUGUCGGUGGCCUCAGCUGGGACACGAGUAAGAAGGAUCUCAAAGAUUACUUCUCUAAAUUUGGUGAGGUGACAGACUGCACCAUCAAGAUGGACCAGCAGACUGGCCGAUCAAGAGGCUUCGGCUUCAUCCUGUUCAAAGAAGCAGCCAGCGUAGAAAAGGUCCUAGAACAGAAAGAACACAGGCUAGAUGGCCGACAGAUCGAUCCCAAGAAGGCCAUGGCCAUGAAGAAGGAGCCGGUCAAGAAAAUCUUCGUGGGAGGCCUCAACCCAGACACAGAAAAGGAAGUUAUCCAGGAGUAUUUUGGAACAUUUGGAGAGAUUGAGACAAUUGAGCUUCCACAAGAUCCAAAGACAGAAAAGAGGAGGGGAUUUGUAUUCAUCACAUACAAGGAGGAGGCACCAGUCAAGAAAGUUCUGGAAAAGAAAUUCCAUCACGUCAGUGGAAGCAAGUGUGAGAUCAAAAUAGCCCAGCCCAAAGAGGUGUACCAGCAGCAGCAGUUUGGUGCCCGUGGGUAUGGGGGGCGUGGUAGGGGCCGUGGAGGCCAAGGCCAAAACUGGAACCAAGGCUACAACAACUACUGGAACCAGGGCUAUGGCUACGGACAGCAAGGCUACGGCAGCUACGGCAGCUAUGGCUACGGCAACUACGACUAUUCUGGUGGAUAUUACGGCGGCUAUGGGGGUAGCUAUGACUACAACCAGGGCAAUACAAGCUAUGGGAAAACUCCAAGACGUGGAGGCCACCAGACCUACAAGCCAUACUGAUCACAUGUAGUGCAGGUCUAAAGUAAAUAAGAAAAGAAACCCAUGGUCCGACCUCAGCGAACAUGGGCUCUGGCUUUUCCUUUGGAGUUGGCAGAAAUUUGGACUCAAUGCUCCAUUUGUACAGAUCAAGUGAGGAACUGGGGAAGCAAAUGUCACUUUUCCACUUUUUAUUUUAUAUUGUUUUUGUGUCCAUUUACAUUUCCAGAAAUGGAAGUGUUAUUUUUACUGUACUUUUUGGUACCUUUUUGAAUCUAAUGUAUUGUAUGGUUGUAUUUUACAUGUCUACUGGAUUUACCAACGAGCAGGAGCAAGAGCUUUUGAAGCUCAUGAAUUAAAACAACUUUGCUUUUUUUCUUAUUUUCUUUUUUCUGUUGGUGUUUAUAGAUCUUUAGUUCUUUUCUCCCGUGCUGAGUGUUUGAUACGAGUUGCAUGGCUUCCGAUGUGGGGUGAGGCAAGAUAAGGGAUUUAAACUUAUCAAAGGGUUCAUUGUAAGUGUGUCAAGUGUAUGUUUGCAGUUGGUUAAGUAGAUGAGGACAACCAGCAUUUUUUUUUUUUUCUUUUGGCUUUUAAGGAGAUUCUUCCCCCAUCAUGUCUGCAAUUUUAAGUGGCUUUACUAGUGUUAUGAUACAACCGAGCGCAAGCCUGUUAAUGUAAGAGGGCACUCCCUCUCUCACUGGAAACUCAUUCCUCUAGUGUCUUGGGCAAAUUGGUAGAAAUAAACUUUUGGUUUAUAUUACAAAUGGAUCCUUUUGUUAUUAUUUGUAAAGUUAAUGUUAAAUGUUUUGUACUGUUAAAUGGCUUGCUUGUUUUGUCUUGAGUAAUGCUAAUAUCUACAGAUUUCUCUUUGGGAAGCUUUGGGAGAGGGCUUCCCUACCUGCAGGAUAACGGGUUAAGUUUUAAUACUCACCCCACUAGAUGUGAAACUGCGAUACUUGAGUAUUUUUGUGAUUAUGCCCAGGAGUUAAAGGUAGUGCUCUGGUAAGUGCUUAUCUCAACCACACUGUGUCUUGAGAACAUGUUGCCGACAAAUAUUGAGUUGGGAUUGGUAUCUUCAAAAUUGCUACUGUGGGU